UUACAAAUUAUAAUAUACGGUUAAGCUUAAAUAAUGCAAUGUAGAAUUUUUGCCGAUUUGAUGACGGUUUUCUUAUUCACUCCUAAUCAUCUAUUUUUCGUAGCUAAUUAUUGACAGUUUCAGAAAAUCUAAAAGCAAAGAUCAGGCAUACGCAUCUUGUUAGCAUAGCUAUAGAAGAACAAGUGCAGAAUAUCCAAAAUAAAAUUGGACACCAUAAUGGAAUCGCUGAAAAAUAUACAAGCGAGCAUUUCAAAUAACUUCGAGACGGCAAGACCUGAUGAUGAUAAAGCCGGCUCUGCAUGCUCCUUCUACAGAAACCGCAAUAUACCUCCAAAAUCCCAUAUUUGCGCAAUGAAUUUUAGUGGUCCGUCUACUGGUAUGGAACAAGACAUUAUUUUAGAGGGGUUUUCUAAGAGUAUAGAACACCAUGGCGGUGAUGGAGAUUCAAGUGUAUAUGCGAGAGUAUUGGAAAAGGUUUCGUAUGGCCGGUGUAACGGAUCAAUCCAAACUUCUUUAUUCAAGUUGUUUUAA